AUGAUCACAACAAGCGAGAUUCAAGAGCCUUUUAGCCCUAGUUUUCAGGCCAAAUCUAUACACUCUGGAUCGAUAUCGUUUGGGAGAUUUGAGAAAGAAGGUUUAUCAUGGGAGAGGAGAUCAUCUUUUUCUCAUAACAAGUAUCUUGAAGAAGUUGACAAGUGCUCUAAACCUGGAUCAGUUACCGAAAUGAAAGCGCAUUUUGAAGCUCAUUUCAAGAAGAAAGGGGUCAGAGUUCCGGUUUCUCUUGAAUCUCAGACUUGGGGAGUUCGUCAAACAGGGGAAUUGGAUGAUGCAACUGAAAGUUUCGAGGAUUAUCGAUCCGAUGAGAGUUUAUCGGAGAACACGAGUCAAUCAGACAGUCCUUGUAACUAUGAACAAGAGAAAUGUGGUCAAGGAAAGAGCCAAUGUGAGUACAAUGAGGGAAGUGAUCAUUGUGCUAGCUAUGAUGAGAUUGUGGUGAAUUCAGAUGAUGUCAUUGAACUUGACGAAGAAGGCGGUGUUGACCACGGGACUCUUGUUUUUCCUUUAGACAAUGAUGAAGUUUCAGUGGAUGUUAGACUGCCUGAGAUGUCGAUAGAGAUCGAGGUUCGAGAUGACGAUGAGCUUAAAGAGGAUUGUUCUACAUUUGAAGAAACAGAAUCGAGAUCCGAUCAACAUGUUCCAACAAAGUCAACCGAUGUUAUGAAAAGACCCUCCUCCUCCUCUGCAUCUAGAUCCAAGCCUCUGGAGAACAUUCCUGAGCCUAUGAGUGUGACUAAAGCUUCUACAAAGAGACAUGGUGUAACUCCAAAAGCUGAUUCCAUAAGGACAAAGAGUUCUUUAACUUGUAAUUCUAAUACAAAUGCAGAUACCAAGACCAAGAGCCAAAAGGAAUUAAGACCAAAGAAAAUCGUUGAAUCUAAACCUCCAACAUUGAAGAAACCCGAGACUAAAACUCCUCUUGCUACAAACAGGUGCAAGAAUGGUACCUAUUCUUCUAAGCUAGAGAUGAGUACAAGUGCUUCUGGUUUCCGUUUUAAAUGUAGCGAACGAGCUGAGAAGAGAAAAGAGUUCUAUAUGAAACUAGAGGAGAAAAUACAUGCCAAGAAAGAAGAGACUAAUCAGGUUCAGACCAAAACACAGCUGAAGGCGGAAGCUGAGAUGAAGGAAUUCAGGAAAAGCCUCAACUUCAAGGCAACACCAAUGCCUUCAUUUUACAAAUCUGGUACUAGGCCAGGAUCUCAUGAAAAGACCGAGCCAUCUAAAGUCGCACAAUCAAGACCGCGACAUACGACCUCGGCCUCAAGUACGAACAGAGCGGUCACAAGAGUUGGUUAUAAACACGGUUUUCAAGAAGGUAAAACUGUAAAGGUAACGGUCGGUAAUAGAAAACAGAGUGCGGUUAGAGAUUCGGAUAUGCAAAAGGGUAAUGUUACUAAGGUUAAAACAAAACAGAAUUUUGGCACUAGGAACAGCAACUAA